AAAAAAAUCAAGACAUCCAAUGAAUAUUCUGCACUAUAGCCCAACGCAGACGGAUCAGUUAUUCAACAAUUUUCAGUAUCAGAACCAUACGUCACCCUCGAACAGUACAUCCUCAUCAGAGGGGUCGGAUCAACAACAAAUUGUGUCUGAUUUCGUGGAUACUGCAAGUUUUAUGAUAAGCUGGAAUGGGCUUGGCGAGUUUCCUGAUACUGAAGAAGACAUUAAACAUGUAAUACAGCCAACGGAAAAUUUAUCACUGAAUAUUGAAGAACAGAAAGAAAUUGUUGCUUUCCAUCAUUUGCCGCGCAAUGUUUGCCCUACGAUUUGCGCUGUUUGCGGAGACCGAGCCACUGGAUAUCACUAUGAGGUUCCAUCGUGCAAUGGGUGCAAAACUUUCUUCCGUAGAACUGUUCUGUCACAGAGAAAAUAUGAAUGUAUGCGUGGAGGAAAAUGUUUCAAUGUCCUACCAAAAGAAAAACGGUGCUCCUGUCGAUCAUGUCGGUUUCAAAAAUGUGUGGAAGUUGGGAUGAAUCCAUUUGCUAUCCAAACGAAUGAUUCAUUAUCCUCAAACGCAGUCGUCACGAAAAUUGUUGGAAAAAGGAAGAAUUCCGUGGACAAUUCAAUUCCGUCAACUUCAAAGUUAACAGUGCUUCCUGAAGUGAUUUCCAUGGAUAAUGCGAUCGACCGAUUAAUUGAUGGUUUAAUGUACUUGGAAAUUAAAGUGGACGAUUUUCGAAGUUGUGCAUACAACCCGCCAACCCACGAGUACAGGUCACUGAAGUAUCAUUUGGAACAACAACCCAUGAUUAGCAUGGCAGACAAACUUGGACCUAUGCCCAACUGGCCAUUGCGGCAAAUCAGUCAUGAAGAAAUGAAGGAAUAUAUAGAAAGUGGGAAUUCUGAACCAAUGACACCGGAAAGAAAAAAUUGGUUUGUUUAUGAUAUCCUCACCUCGGUAGAAUACGCAAAAACAUUCAUGUUUUUACAUCAAAUUGGGAAAGAAGAUCAGAUUCUACUCCUUCGCGCCGUUGUUUUAAAACUUAUGCACUUGAAUCAAGCAUUCUACUCGUAUGAAAAUAAAUACGAUAUGAUUUUUCACCCGGAUGGAACUGUGCCACCACAUUCCUGGAAGAAAAAUGAAAAUCCGAACGAUAGUAUUAGUCAAAUGAUGACAAAACAAAAAAUGGAAGAAAUGAAAGAAGAAUUCACACUUUCCAUACGUCAAUUUGUGACAUAUCAGUUGGAUAAAAGAGAAUAUGUUUUGUUCAAAGCGAUUACAUUAUGUAAUGCGACUAUUUCCGGAUUGUCUGAUCAUGCAAGGGAAGUGGUGACUCGAGAAAAAGAAAAAUAUAGCAAAGCCCUCAUGAAAUACUGUUUGGCUAAUCGUGGAAUGAAGGGACCAGCUCAUUAUGCUGCAAUUAUUGCACUCAGCAACGGAUUGGAAAAUCGUCAGAAAAAUCAGAAAGAUUUCCAUUUUAUAAUGAAGAUGAUGAAAAAAGGAUUCAAGUUCGAUUUGGUGGAUGAUGUUAUGGAAGAAGUUUUAUAAUAUUCAUUCAAUUUCAUUUGCAUUGAUAGAAUUUUUGCUUGAUCUCUGGCAAGUCAGAAUUAAUCGGCGUCCAGAAAAAAUCCAAUCGACGCCAAAGUAAGAUUCGAUGUCCAGAAAAUGCCGAUCUCUGCCGAAAGUCAAUCGGUGUUGAUUGACUUUUUUGCGCGAAGACCUCUGUCCAAUCGACAUCGGCUGACCUUUCUUUCGUCGUUGUCAGUCCAAUUUUAGCCGAUUUCAGUUCAAUUAGCGUCAAGUGAGUAACUAGUAAACAUCGAAAAAUAAUUCGGCGUCCAGUGAUACUUGGGUUACCGAUUGGAUUUUUUUCUCGGUGUCGACUGAACUUGACUUGCCAGAGAUUGUGCACAUAACAUUGGAAUCUUGUUGGGAAUGGGAAUAACUAGCAACAUUAGAAUUAUGUUUUAUUUUUGUAAAUAUACUUUAUUUCCACAUACCUUUUAUGAUAAUCAUGUAUCAUUUAUCUAAUUUCUGUGAUUUUCCUUCAUUUUCAGACCACCUACCUACUUGAUGUGAAUGUUACUCAUCUGUUUGAUCUCAAAUGCAACCAAUUCAGAUUACUUUGAAUUUCUUGAAAUUCAAUAAUAAAAAGUAAAAGUUGAUUUUAAA